GUGGAUAAGGGUCGGACGGGUUAAUUCCCUUGGACUAGGUUCUCUGGCUUCCCGGGGUGGAUAAGGGGGAGCUGAGGAGAAGUGUGGGUUGGCGGACCCGUGGGGGUGAUUGGAUGGGGGAGCUGUCAUAGGUGCUGGAGCUAGGGGCGCGGGGGGGGGGCUGUCGCACCCUCUGACUUGAAGUGGUUUCUGUUAUAUCCAGGGUUUACAGUUUGGUUCAGUGGCUCUCAGCACCCCCACUGUACAAAUUGUUCUAGCACCCAUGGGAGCUGUGCGGGGUGGGAAUGGUGGUGAAGUACAUAGGGAUGGGGCACUAUGGAUGUGGGGUUGGAUGGGGGAACUAUGAGGGUGGGAAUGGUGGUGAAGCACAGAGGGAUAGGACUAGGUGAGUCUAGGGGCCUCAUAGGUGCAUGCUGUUAAGUGGUCCCUGAAGUGAUCUCUGUGUGUAUGUAUGGUCCAUAAAGCAUCCUGGGGUACUUAAGGAUGAGUACUUGGUUCUGUUCAAAUGCUUUCAGACAGAAUUGUAUUGUGCAGCUCAUAGAUGCCAACCAUGUCUUUUUAUUGUAAACUUCCCAUGGUGCUGUUGUUUGGUGAGGAAUCUCUGGCCACGCUGAAGCAUGGUAGCAGCUGCUACCAUGUUUGAAAAUAAUUAUCCAUAAUAAUACCCAGAAAUUAUGUAGUACUUUUCACCCGUAGACCUUUAAUAUUUAUAAAGAAGGGUGAUCAUAAUCCCACUUUACAGAAGGGGAAGGGUGGGAGUGUUGGAGAAAGGAACAUGACUUGCCCAACUCUACAGAGAACAAAGGUCUCCAAGUUUCUAUUCCAGUGAACUGUCGGCUAGACCCUUCUGUCUUCUAGUUAUCAAGUGCAGUUCUGUAGUGUUAAAAAGGAGCAAUGGUUGGCGACUAUUAGAAUUUGGGUUCUCUGAUUUUUUUAUAAAAGUGGAUCGUGUUUCAUGUAUUCACCUUCCCUCCUAUUCAAAAUCUUGCAGACCUCUUUCCCUUCCAUUUGCAGUUAUAUCUCUGUCAGAUACAGAAAGUGCUUACACUCAACAUUAGAAAGUAUAAUGUAUUUGUAGCUACAUUUUAAUGUGGUUUAAAAGAUGUGACCAGCCAGUUCAGAGGAUCGCUAACAGGUGCCCAAUAGACUACAGUUUGGGAACCCCUGCAGUAGAGCAUGGUAUCUGUCAGCUAGCACAGUUUGGACAGCGCUUAUUAUUAUAAUUUGGAAUCCAUUUUCGUCUCUCUACCUGUGUGCUAGUUUUCUUUUACUCCUGGUCUUUGCUUCUUGGAGAGAAGCAAGUAAUAUGCAGUAUGAUUGCUCUGUCUAAAUACAUCAGAGGGAUAAAAAUUCCUCUCACACUCUGGUAAUUCAAAUUAAGUGUAAAUGUGAACACAAGAACAAAUGGCUAUAAACUGGCCAUCAGUAAGGUUAGCCUUGAAAUUAGACAAAAAACCAUCAGAGGAGUGAAGUUCUGGAACAGCCUUCCAAAGGGAGUAGUGGGGGUAAAAAACCUAACUGGUUUCAAGACUGAGCUUGAUAAGUUUAUGGAGGGGAUGAUAUGAUGGGACUGACUAUAAUGGCAUGUGGCCCAUCGGCAACUGUCAGUAGCAAAAAUCUGCAACUGCUGGAGAUGAGAUAGUAGAUGGGGAGGACUCUGAGUUGGUACAGAGAAUUCUUUCCCAGGUAUCUGUCUGGUGGGUCUUGCCCACAUGCUCAGGGUCUAACUAAUUGCCAUAUUUGGGAUCAGAAAGGAAUUUUUCCCCAGGUCAGAUUGGCUGGGAUUUUUUUGCCUUCCUUUGCAGCAUGGGACAUGGAUCACUUGCAGGUUUAAAUUAAUGUAAAUGGUGAAUUCUCUGUAACUUGAAGUCUUUAAACCAUGAUUUGAGGACUUGAGUAGCUCAGCCAGAGAUUAAGGGUCUAUUUCAGGCAGAGAUUUGGAGCAAUCAGAUUUUUGAAUUGCUGCGCUCUGGCUCUGGGGAAAAACCUACUGGUGCAUGCUCCAGCUCUGGGCUCUACUCCAAAGCCCUGAUUUCAGGAGUUGGUGAGGUUCUGUGUCCUGCAAUGUGCAGGAGAACACACUAGAUGAUCAUGAUGGUCCCUUCUGAUCUUGAAAUCUGUACGUGUAUUUGAGUGGGAAGGUGGUCAGCUGAAUCUGGUGGGACCCAUCUGUUACCUGCUUAAAUAACAGUCUGUUUUGCUCUGUGGCAUCCUCUGGCUCACAAGUAUCAGUAGAUUAGUAGCCAUUAGGAAUUUGGAACUUAAAUCUACCUGGUUCCCUCUUCCUGAUUCUUACAAAGUCAAAUCUCAUGAUUUAGUUUAGAUAUAGGCUGACCAGGGGAAUAGGAGGUAGAAGGGAAUCAUCAUACAUAUUUACAGCAUUGCACAAUUGGAGAGGUGCACUUCUUGCGAGAGGGAAUAUGGUUCCAACCUUGAUAUGGAGCACUAGAUAUAUUGGCCAGUUUAUUAGGCAAUGCACUGGACUAAAUUCAGCCAGUGGUUUGAAUAGCUAUUCCAGAUUGACAUUAGUUAUGGCCCUAGAGUUGAGUUUUGUUUCUGCAGAAAGAAUUUAUGAGGGAAAUAAUAAGGUUCACAAACUUUCUGAAACUGAGGACCCCUUUGUCUAAUUUUUUGGGAAGAAGAAGAGGCAUUCACAAUUUGGAAAAUGAAGUUUGUUUUAGGAAUUCAUCCUAAUGCCCUGGCAUAUUCCAUGACCACACUGGGUGCUGGAAUGAUGAACAGUAUCUUCAAUUUCUACUAUGUUAAGCUUUUCUUAAACCAAUACAAGAUUUCAGAAGUAGCAUUUCAUCAAGCACAGGUAGUUUUUAUGAUCUGGAAUGCCAUUAAUGACCCUCUCUUUGGGUAUAUUCAAGACAACUCCAAAGUCCCAUGCUGCUCAAGACGUCAAUUUUCAAUUUUAUAUGGAGCGCCAUUGUAUGGUUUAGCUUUUCUGCUUCCCUGGUUUCCUUGGAAACAUUAUGAGGAAGGUGACUGGCUUAAUGGUCUUCACCUUAUUGUUGCUUUAUGUGCUUUUGAUGGCUUGCUUACAUUUGUGUUGCUAGCACAAUGUGCGCUCUUUGCAGAGAUUUCAACUAGACAUGAAAAUAGACUUCAGCUUAUUAAAUAUAACCAAGUGGCAACAUUAGUUGGAUCAACCAGCAUUCUUUUUUGUGGUCUAAUAUCAGAUAAUAUGGAAAAUUUUGCCUAUUUUCAAAUCUUUACUGUUUUGGUUGCAGCACUAGCUACUGCUUGUAUGUGUUACACUGGCAUAUAUAGCACAAGUCAGUAUGAACACAGAGAAACUCCUGUGGAGAACACUAGUUUAGAAAAUAAUGAUAAAGCUCUCUCCUGGUCCUCUGUAAUUUCAUUGACCAAACAGAUAAUGACGCAGAAAAACUUUAUACUUUUUGUGACCAUGAACUUCUUUCAAGUCUUCCAUCUAGCCUUCUGCAACAAUUUCAUGAUGAUCUUUGCGGAUAAUCUCAUCCCUAAGGAUGUCCUUUCCUCUUUUAUAAGAAGCAUCAUGUAUGGGGCUGGCUUUAUUUGUCCUCAGUGCCUUGUGCUUCUCAGUCAGACUUUGCUGAAGAAGUUUGGUUAUUACAGGAUCAUCUUGUUUUCCUUUUACUUAGAAGGAAUAGCUGCAGCUGUCAUGUUUGUUCUAGGACCAGAACACUACUACUUGCUGGCUAUUUAUCUCACAACAAACAUGGUAAUUGUUCAAGCGUCAUUCAGUUUGUUUAAUCUGCCCUUGGCAGAUAUUGUUGAUGCAGACUUAAUAAAACACAAACGGAGAUCACCACUUUCCUCCAUGGUUUUUGGUACCAAUGCUUUAUUUACUAAGCCUGCCCAGUCUUUGGCUCCUAUGCUUGUGGUUACAAUACUAAAUCAAUUUGGAUAUGAGAACCUGAAUAAUAAAUUUUCUCAGCCUGAUCCAAGUUUGUUUUUAGGUCUUCAUGAUGCUAUGUUCUACUUGAUCUGUCUGGUUCCACUUUGCAUUGCAGUUAUACAGAUUCUGACAUGGACUCUCUUCUCCAUCCAGAACAGUCAUAUAACAGCCACACAUUGAAUCUUUUAAUCUGUACAGGAAGGAUCUAGAUUUUGUGUUGAAUUGUACAUAGUAGAAUUAAUACAUUUAAAAUGUGAAAAAGCAGAAUUGUACUUAAUGGACUAUUAGACCAAAUGCAAUCUGAGCCAUUAAAUUAAAGCAGUCAUCUAUGGUGGCUAUAAAACAUAUCAUAAAGCACUCCCAGCCUUAACACAAAGCCUAUACAUAACCUUUUCUAGUUCAGUUACCAAACAUAUGGCAAUUGUAGGAAUGCUGCCAAUCUCCAGGGGACUCUACCGAGCAUACUGAGGAAGUGUCUUUACUCACUCCUUUGCUAAAGACAUAAAGGCAUGUCUGUUGUGUACAGAUAUUACUGGAUUUUGAGGGGAGUUAGCAUUAUGUAAUGGAUAUGGC